AUGUCUGACUCAGAACGACGCUCCAAACGGCAACGAAUUAGCCAGGCUUGCGACUACUGCCGUAAACGCAAGUCGAAGUGCGACGGGGCCCAGCCGGUGUGCUCCGUCUGCAGGCUGUUCGACAAGCCGUGUGCCUAUGGCAAUGCGAAGAAGCGAGGACUCCAGACCGGAUACGUCAGAGGAUUGGAAAGCCUCCUGGGAUUGAUGAUUCAAGAUGUGCCGCAAAGCGAAAUGUCGGUUCGUUCUCGCCUGCGCAAUCAGUACCUCGGCUGCAGCUUUGUCGAAGGCGAAUUUCUAGAUCACACAACAGAUCUAUGGCGUAGAUCUGAUCUAGCAAAGGACUUGGACCAUUUGCUGAACUCGAAUGACACGGAAUCUGAUCAGGGAGAGCUGCAGCAGAUAUCUAGUCUCCCCCCUCUAUCGGUAUCCCACGAAGAAGAGGAGCCGGUGGCCAGGCAGGACACCACAAUUGAGCCACCAGCGCAAAGUGAGACCGUCGGGGUUAACAAUCCACCUCCCCAAAAUUGGAAUUUUCUUGAAGGCUUUCCAGAUGGGGUGUCUGACUUGGUGGACCGCUAUUUCCAGGCCACGCAAUGUUGGUUCCCAAUUGUCGAACGUCGGGACAUCCUCCGCACUCUAUACGAAGACAACGAAAAAGACACGGUCCACCCUGAUAAUUCUCUAGACGAGGGACAUCGGCUCUGUGUUUGGUCUAUGAUUACCUUCAGCUCGCAAGCUGAAACAGAUGUGUCUAUCGUCUCACGAUGUCCUAGCUCAUGGCAAAUCCAGUCACAUCUCUGGGAGCGCUUAAUGACAACUCACCGAUCCUUUGGCAUUGGGCACAUCCAGGCAACCCUGAUCAUGGCACUAUGUGAAAUCCAACGAGCCGCAUUUACUUCUGCCGGGAUCUUAGCAGCUCAAGCCUAUCGCAUGCUGAUGGGAACAGUCGAACAGGAGUCUUCAAAACAUGAUAGACGUCCACAUGUCUUUCAAGGCUGCUUAGUUCUUGAUACAAUCAUCUCUGCACUACAAGGGAAAGUCCCUCUACUCUCUCGCAUGGCUUCUAGGGGCUUACCUAAAGUGGAUGAGAAUGCCCUGGAAGAGUGGGAGCCGUGGACAUCUCCGGUGCACGAUGAAUUAACUGCUGCACGCACUAAUCGUCAUCCUCUACGCGUGCUGAGCAGCUUCAACAUGAUAAGACUUCUCAUAGAGAAACUGAGUAUGAUCUUGGAGAGUCCAAUGGAACUUCAAGUGCUCAGUCACCACGCAUCUGAUUUGCAGAUUUGGUACUCCAAUGUUAAAAGGCAGCACCAGUUAAAUGACCGCAGUACACCCCCCAUCUUAGUUCUUCAUCUUACGUGGAACUUUACAUUUCUCAUACUUUUUCGACAGAUGCGACAUAUUGAGCGACAAUGGAUUCCAUUGGUUCAGCAGGCUGUCCGCUCCAUCUCCCAAAUAGGUGCUCGUUAUCUUCAAUUAACACAUAUAUUACCCUACAACCCUUUACUGCUCAUCUUCGGGCUGCAGGCUGAGCGCACCCUGCAGAAAAUAUCCCAACAGACAAUGGAGCCCGGAGAUUCAGCAGACUACGUACAACUAAAAAGAAACCUAGAAGCUUUGAAUUGCACCGUCAAGAAUGCGACAUCAGGGAACCCCCAAAAAGUUCAAUUAGACAAGCCUAUGACAGAGAUGAUCACUCCGUCCCAACCUAAUAUCGAAACGAAUCCGCAAUUUGGCAAGUCAACUGAGGUUAUCUGGUCAGAAAGCGAGUCCAACAUGCUUCUUUCACCGAUGUCAACUGAAAUAUUGACUCAACAGCCUGAGGUCCGACAGCACAAUGGCUUAAACUCAUCCGCAUAUUCCCAGGCGAUGCUCAAUGAUUCUGACCAAUUUGACGACAUUUUUGACGAGAUGUUGUCGUUCAUACCUUCCCGAAGAGACAACGACGAUGCCACAACGUUUGCCCAAAACCUAGGCUUUCUGUCUACUGAUCUUGACCUGGAAUUGCCGACCGUUUCUGACCCCGACAAGAAUGGGCCCUAA